CGUCACGGCGGCCCGGCGGAACCAGGGGAGAGUGACAAGGACGGGGAGAGAGGGAGAAAGAAAGGGGAGGGGAGCUGACAUUAAAGCAGCACAACAAGGAAACUACGCCGCCGAGCCAGACGCCUUCAUUUUAUGUUUUUUGAAUAAUAGCCGGAGCUAGUAGUGCGGCGAGGUGUCUGAGCCCCCGGCGAGCUCCAGCCGUCUGCUGUCCGGGGGAGAAAGCGGCUUUUUUAUAUUUGCGCCUUUAGGGGGGCACGGAGCUGGAUUUAUAGACGCUCUCGCAGACAUGGGAUCUGAGCCACCCGGUUCCCCGCAGGUGGUGGAGGACGGAGGCGAGGAGGAUGAGGAGGAGCUGAGUGGAGGCGAGGAGGCCGAGUUUCGCUCCAGCUCGGGCAGGGGCUCCCUGCUGACCCGCAGGGGCAUCACCCUGAGAGUGCUGCUGAAGGACGGGCUGGUGGAGCCCGGGGACGGCGUGCUGGCCAUCCACUACCUGGGUAAGAACUUCGUCGGGGACCUGCUGAACGACGGGAAGAUCCGAUGGGUGGAGACGGGUCAGAUCUUCAACUCGCCCAGCGCCUGGGCCACUCACUGCAAGCGUCUGGUGAACCCGGCCAAGAAGUCCGGCUGCGGCUGGGCGUCCGUGCGCUACCGGGGGCAGAAGCUGGCCCAGUACAAGACCACCUGGCUGCACAAGUACCAACCCAGCGCAGACCUGAGCAUGGUGAGUGAAGAAGACGACGACGAGGACGAGGAGGAAGGGAAGGCGGCGGUGCAGGCGGACGAGAAGAACAAGAACAACAAACCCGGCUUACACGACGUAAUGGUUUCCCGUCGAGCUGACAGAGAGAGGAUCCCCGUCAGGUAUUGCACCUUAGGCACCAGGGAUGCAGCCAGAGAUCCCCACACGCUGGUGGAGCUGUCUGCGUUCUCAGCCAUCAACAGGUUCCAGCCGUUCAACGUGGCCGUCUCCAGUAACGUCCUGCUGCUAAUGGAUUUCCACUGUCACCUGACCACCAGCGAGGUGGUGGGGUACCUCGGAGGGCGAUGGGACACGAACACGCAGCUGCUGACGGUGCUGAGGGCUUUCCCCUGUCGGACCAGGCUGGCAGACAGAGAUACCGCCUCCGCCGUUGAAGAGGAGAUCUGUCAGAACCUGUUCAUGCGCGGGUUGUCGUUGGUGGGCUGGUACCACAGUCACCCGCGGGGUCCGGCCCUGCCGUCGCUGCAGGACAUCGACUCCCAGAUGGAUCACCAGCUGAGGCUGCAGGGCUCCAACAACGGCUUCCAGCCCUGUCUGGGCGUCAUCUGUGGUCCAUAUUACCACGGAAACCAAGGCGUGGCAUCCACGAUAACGCCGUUCUGGGUCGUCCCGCCACCUGAGCAACGGCCUAAUGACUACGGCAUCCCUGUGGCUGUGGAAGUCACUUAUGUGCAGGACAACUUUCUCACCAGCGACGUUCUCAAUGAGAUGAUGCUUCUGGUCGAUUACUACAGGACGGCGCCUGAUCUGGUCCAGUUUAACCAGUACUGGUGUCCUGACACGACCAUGCUGGACAAGAUAAAGGGCUCUCUGAGUUGCCACGCCCCCAAAGACCAGGCCUACUCACAGAUCUUGGAGCACGUCUACAGCCAGCUGGGCAACACGCACUGAUAUCGGCUCUGCCGUUUCAAACACCUUGACCGACCGACGCAGCUGAAGUGCCCCUUGAAUGAUGUCGCGCUCGAGUGCCGGUUUUCAUAUAUAGCAUUAAACACACUUCCGGUACUGGGCGGGGUGCUAGAUACGUGCAACUAGCUGCUCCUUGUGCUUGUACUGUAUUUUACGAGGAGAGAAACACAAAUCUAAGCAAACACAGUCCCAUUUAAAAAAAAAAAUAAAAAAAAAAAGAUCCUAGUGUUUAACUGGACGCUACGUGGGCGGUGGAAGACCUGCAGCUUUUCAAACACGGACCUCUGUACCCGUCUGGGACUUUAUCUGAACGCCUGCUCAGAUAUCGACACACACGGAUGACUAACACUGUUAAAUGUCUUGUUUUGCCUUUAUACACUCAAUCUAUGCGGAUAGUAGUUGCGGGUAAGCAGCGAACAUUAGUCUAAAACAUACACCAUGGGCCUAAGCACUGGUGUCUGCAGUACCCUGCAGUAGAUCCGUUUGUCCUCCUAAAGUCCCAUUUAUGGCUUGUGGUGCGAGUGCACCCACUAGUUCAGUGAAACAGAUGUGCGUGUGUGCGUGUGUGUGUGUGUGUGUGUUGACCGCGCUGUGUCGUGUCGUGAACGUGCCCAUCUGCUGUCAGGUUGUGUGGAACAUAAGCCGUCUUUGUUAGGACAGAUAUUCGCUUCCCCUUGAACUGUACUGUAUUUAUUACUAACUGUGGACUGUGUGGUUUACAUGUGAGCGGACAGAGCUAUGCCUUAAGACUGCUGAUUGGUGACCCACUAAGUAUUAAAAUGUACACACUGGAACCAUUUAAACAUGA